UACAUGAACCGUCGACCAGUGUACACACAUACGGUGUGUGCAUGUUAUUUCGUGCGCUUCAAAAUUAGUCGUCAAUUGUUGUCCAAUCCAAUUCUUAUUUCAUUCACUCACCCGCUCACUCGCACACAGUCACAGUCAAAUAUAAAAAUCAGUUCGUACAUACACCGUAGAUUCUUUUUUAUUCGGUUUUUAUCUCGGUCAAUGAAUGUGCACACUCACAAUUGAGAAAAAAAAAAAAACAAAAUACGAAAGACAUUUUUAUUUUAGUUGUAUCAAUAAUUCAAUAUGUUUGUCGGAUGGUCGAGUGAAUCAGAUGGUACAGUCGCAUAAAUGCCAUUACGCCAAUUAUUAUUAUUGCUCACAAUCGUAAAAUAGUGAUACACACGUUUCAACGUGUGAUGUGUAGCAAAAAUCUGUGUAAAAUUUCAGUGGAAUAAAUAAAAUAAUAAUUUACCGAGAAGAAUAGUGUAUGAGAAACAGAAAGAGAGAGGGAAAAAGAAUCAAGUGAUUUCAGAAGCAGCGAAUAGUUUUUUUUCUCAAUUCAUUUCUCUGUUUUUUCUCGUUGUGUAUCAUAGUGUGUAUGUAUAUUAUUUUAUUUUGUUGGUGAACGAACGGGCAACUGACGUGAAUACAAAAUUAAAAGAAAUCAAGAGAGAGAGAGAGAGAGAGAGAGAAUAUACUGGAUUUUUUACGAACGAAAUGUGUGUUUUUUUUAAUGUGUAUUCCAUAGAAAUAAAUUAAGGUUCGGUUGUUUGUUGAGCAAAUAAAACAAGAUUGAGAAAAUACCCCUGGAUACAUCUUUGUCGUAUAAGACUACUUGAGUUGGUUUUGUUGCUUGCACGAGUUGCUGCACAAUUGCUGGCAUUUACGUUUUACAGUGAAAACCGUGCUGGAUUUUCAUUUCGUGCUAGAUGAUACAGAAUGAACGUCAAUGUACGACAAUCGCCACGACUAUAACAUUGUCAAACAAGAAUGGGAAAAUAUUCGCUUAAUUAAACUUCAUUUUUGCUGGGUUCAUUUUUUAUGCUCUCUUUCAUUCGCACAAAAAUCGCUCUGCUCUUUGGUAGCGAAAAGUAUGUGAACAAUUUGAAAAAGGGAGUCGCCUUGCUGCCGAAUCAUAGACAAUGUUGUUGUGUGUGAACAUUUAAAUGCUGCACACGGACCCGACCAGGUUGCUCUUCUCUAGCACCUAAAUGAUAGUUUACGACAUUUUUACGUUUUCAAUGAACGAAACGAACAAAAAUCUAUCAACUAAAGCCCAGAUUAAAUGCCACCGAGCAAUGCCAAAGAACUCAAAAGAAUUUCAAUUUUUACACAAAAACAAAACCACAAACAAAACGGAAAAUGAAAUGAGAAGCAAAAAAACACACACACAGAGAGAGAGAACAAUCAUUAGUCGAACCGAGAAAAACGAAGAAAAACACAAGAGAUAUAUAGAAAGAAAAUAUUGUUGUCGUUAAAGUAAAUGAGGUAGUGUUUGACAACAUUUUAUGAGGUAGAAAACAUACAUAAAGACCUGAAAAAUUAUUUUUGUGUUAUUUUUUUUAUAAAAUAUAAAAACAUAUGCAUAAAAAAUACGACCGAAUUAUUCCGUUUUUGAAGUGAAUGAAACGACAACAAUAGCGAUCUACAAUUAUCGGUAGAUGAGCGAAAAAGAAAGAUAGAGAAAAAGCGACCAACUUGAAAGGUUUUCAAGCAUUUUUGACUACUGACAUCAAUGACAACAAACACAAUGACAUCGAUUGUGCCACAAAAUACAAUAACCAAAUGAAGUGACGGAGUCAAUACCAAGAAAAUAAAAAACAACAACAACCAAACAGCAGCGAAGGAAAAAAACGCAGAAAUAUUAAAUGAAACGCCAGAGAUACUGUUGACAGAUUGAAAACAGAUGUCUGAUAAAACUCAACUUCCACUUGGUGCGGGCAAAAUCAAAAAUUCGACAUCACUACCGUCAGCAACAACAUCUAGCGAUGGUAUUGCAUCACAUAUCAGACUCUCAACCAUCUUUGCGCCGCUUAUCGAUUUAAAUGCCAGCGGCGAACAAACAACAGACUAUGACAGCACAACUUUGCAUUCAUUGCAAUCGACUAUGUCAUCGUCUUCAUCAUCGAAUCCGAUGAGUUCACAUUCCGAUAGCUAUGGACAAAGACAAGCGAUUGCAGCAAGUGCUGCGAUACGAAAAAUUUCAAUGGGUUGCCGAUCUAUGCCCAGUAGUCCACGAUUAAUACCUAAACAUCCGCAUUUCUAUCGGCCACCAGCAUCGCCCGCACACAGUACACACAGUAAUCACAGUAGUAGCGGUGAUACGCCCGUACAAAAAUCAAACGGCCUUCUGAAGGACUCGAAAACGACACCGUCCAACGGUGGCAGUGGCGGCAGUGGCAACCAUCCAAAUUGGCAUUUUUCAGCCUUGACAGAUAGCUUGAACGUGCAACAAGUAAACAAUUACAACAAUCAAACUGGAUUCCCUGAAAUCAAUUGGCAAGAAAGAUGCCUAGAACUACAACUUGAAUUGCAUCGCUCGAAAAAUCAGUCGGAACGUAUUCGUGGCAUGCUUCGAGAUAAGCUUUCCGAACUGGAGCAGCGUGUUAUCGAGGCAGAAGAACGUGCCGACGAAGCCGAAGAUAAGGUUCGGGUCAUGGAACAAAGGUUAGGUGAUUGGCCAUCGCAAGCGAACAACGUGUCAGUGUCACCGAGUAAAAGUCGUACUAAAACAACAACAAAAACCAGUUCCACAUCAUCGGCCGCCAUAAAUCUUCCCGCCGAAAAAGAAAUUACACAACUUGAAUAUCAGGUGGAACAGCAACGUCUGCUACGAUUACAAGACGCCCAACAAGUCGAAGCCAAAGCAGCCAAAAUCAAAGAGUGGGUUACAAAUAAAUUGCGUGAACUGGAGCAACAAAAUCAAUUGCUUCGCGAACAAAACGUCAAAUGUAAUCAACAAUUGGAACUUUUAAGAAAUCAUCUAGCGAGUCAAAGUAGUCGUAAUAGUAUUCUACAACCGGUGCGAAAUAGUUUAAGUUUAGACGUACGUGAAUACAGUGAUCGAAAUAGUAGGCGACGCAGUGAAUCACUUGAUCCACCGAUUCGACGUGUUCCAUUGGCACUGAAUCAUCGACGUAAUUUAUCAAUGGAACCACAAGAGUUGUCACGCGAUUUGGCAGCGGCCGUUGAUGAACUCAAUUUGAUUUCGAUUACGAAAAAACCAUUUGCGGCCAAAGAUGCAGCAUCAGAUCCAACACAUGAUUAUGCCGAAAUUUAUACACCGUCACGUGAAAAGCAACCAAUAUGGCUUAAGGAUUCGGGUCCAUCGAGCGAUAUUUCCACAUACACAUCAGAUUUGGGAAAUGCGCCCAGAGCACCCACACCACCGCUGCAUCGAUUCCCAAGUUGGGAAGCAAAAAUCUAUCAAGUAGCAAAUGAUGGCCUAACGAGCGGCGAAAAUUCAAAUCGUGCAACAUCAAAUACGCUCGACGAUUCAACCGAAGGUAAUCGACAACAACGUACUGCUUCCGGUGGAUAUUGUGAUAUUAAUGUACCCGUUUAUGCAACCGUUAAAGGACGAGCAUCUCAAAUACGUAGUCAGCCGUUCAGUGAUUCAAGCGAUGAUUCGAGCGACGGCGAAGAUCAUGUGGCAUUGGCAACAUGCACAGCGUCCACAAUAAAUUCGCACAAUUCGUCGAGCACCAAUAAUACAGAGAGCAAUACUUCUGGAUCGGCAUCAAGUCCAUCGAAAAGUGCAAAAACAUCGUCUAGUCUUAGCCCAGCUAAACGCAUUGAAUGCGACAGUCCAAAAAUUAAAGGAAGAGGCAUGUCAGAAGACUAUGCAAUACCACCGGAUGCGCUGUCUCAAGCUGAUUCAACGUACAUGGAUGCAUCAUUGCCAUCGAUUUUGUUGCGAAGCUCGUAUGUUGACUCACCAAACAAGAAAAUGGAAUCAUUGGAAAAGUCUGGUCAUUUGGCAAAAUUGGGUGGAAAAUUGAAGACAUGGCGCAAACGAUGGUUUGUUUUAAAAAAUGGCGUGCUAACUUAUUGGAAGAGUCAACACGAUGUCAAUCGUAAGCCACAAGGUCAAAUUUUACUCGACGAACAGUGUCGAAUCACCAAAGCCGACGGUGCAUCUACAUUCGAAAUCAAUACUAGCAAAAAGGUCUAUUAUCUAACCGCCGAUUCAAUAGCCACCAUGGACGAUUGGAUUCGUGUGCUACAAAAUGUACAACGGCGAAAUGCAACCAAGUUGCUAUUGAGUCGAGACGAUCAAAAGGCAACUGUUCAGGGUUGGGUAACCAAAGUGAAAAAUGGCCAUGCAAAAAAAUGUUGGUGCGUUCUAUUAGGCAAAAUGUUCCUGUAUUUUAAAGCACCCGGCGAAAUGAAUCCAUUGGGUCAAAUAAAUAUGCGAGAUGCAACGUGUGAGGAGGUCGAGCAUGUAUCCGAUUCCGAUUCGGAAGAACGUGAAGAUUUAAGCCAAAGCCAAGCACAUUUAACGAUUGCCAUUCAUCCAGCACAUCAAGGGCCAACAUAUUUGAUAUUACCAGGCAAACAGGAGCGUGACAAUUGGUUGUAUCAUUUGACGGUUGUAUCGGGUGGUGGACCCAGUUCUGGAACACAAUACGAACAACUGGUGCAGAAGAUUAUGGAGUUGGACGGAGAUGCAACUUGUGUAAUGUGGCGUCAUCCGAUGUUGUUGCACACAAAAGAGCAAAUAACAUCGCCAUUGUCGUCGUUACACUCCGAGAUGCUACAAAGUGAAGCUAUAAAGUUAUUCAAGAGUUGUCAACUUUUCAUGUCGGUUGCUGUGAAUCAACCAGGCAUCGACUAUCAUGUGGUUUUGGCACAAAAUGCCUUGCAGCAGUGUUUGGAUAUGCCAGAAUUGCAGGCAGAGUUAAUUUGCAUUUUAGUGAAACAAACUAGUCGUCAUACAAGCCAAAAAUUAGGAGCCGGGGUCCAGGUAAACAAGAAACUGGGCAAGCAAACGCGCCAAUUGUUGCUGUGUGCAACGCAGAGCCUGUUUACCUGUGACACCCAACAAGGUGCAUCGCAAACGAAUGGCAGCUCUCCAACGUCAAUUCAGGCAUUGCCAAUACCGCUCGAUUGUAAAUCGAAUCCGCCGUCGUUUACGUUUUUGCAAGGCUGGCAAUUACUCGCUUUGGCCGUGUCAUUAUUCGUGCCCAAAAAUAAUCGUUUACUGUGGUAUUUGAAAUUGCAUUUAUCUCGAAAUGCUGACUCAAAAUCAGAAUGCGGAAAAUAUGCGGCAUAUUGUCAACGAGCAUUGGAACGCACCAUAAAAAAUGGUGGCCGCGAAACAAAACCAUCUCGCAUGGAAGUUUUAUCUAUUCUGCUAAAAAAUCCAUACCAUCAUUCGUUGCCACAUGCAAUUCCAGUACAUAUGAUGAACGGAAGCUAUCAUGUGGUAUCAUUUGAUGGAUCAACAACGAUUGAGGAAUUUCAGUCAACGUUGUCGCUUGAAAUUGGUUGUCGUGAUGCAAGCAAUGGUUUUUCAUUGUUCAGUGAUGAUCCAAUUGAAAAAGACCUCGAACAUUAUCUCGAUCCAUUGGCCAAAUUAUGUGAUGUGAUUUCAAAAUGGGAAACGGCUUUGCGUGAAAAGGGAUUAGGUAAAUUUGAAAAUUCACGUGUCAUUCAAUUGACGUACAAGAGUCGAUUGUAUUGGAAACAUUCAGCCAAACAAGAAACUGAUAAGGAGAAAAUUUUGUUGUGCUAUCAAAUAAAUCAGCAAGUCAUCCAAGGACGUUUUCCGCUAACAAAAGAUUUGGCAUUAGAACUGGCAUCGUUAAUGUCACAAAUCGAUAUGAGUGAUUAUGUAACCGAAAAGAAUCGCAUGACCACAUCGAUUUCAUUACAAGUCAUUGAUAAAUUCUAUCCGUAUCGCUAUCGAGACGGUUUGACAUCGGACGAAUUGAAACAGUUACAAGAAAAAGUCGUUUCGAAAUGGAUUUUACUGAAAGGCCGAACAACCAUCGAUUGUGUACGCAUUUAUUUGACAUGCUGUCGCAAGUGGCCAUUCUUUGGGGCAACACUAUUCCAAGCGAAGCCACGUCAUUCGGAUCAAGCUAUUGCCUGGUUGGCGGUGUCGGAAGACAGUUUAAAUGUACUCGAACUAUCGACAAUGGCAUCGUUGGCCAAAUAUCCAUACAGUUCGGUGAUGACUUUUGGCGGUUGUCAAGAUGAUUUUAUGGUUGUUGUCGGCUCAGAAGAUACGCUUCCACAUUCAGAUCAAAAACUAUUGUUUGCUAUGAGUAAACCGAAAAUUCUCGAAAUCACACUUCUGAUUGCCGAUUAUAUGAAUGCAUUGGGUCACACAUGCCCGGGCACACCACAAAUGAACACACUUACACGUAACGGAAGCCAUCGUAGUAUUAGAUCACGACCACUUCCAUCGGCUUGCACCACCGCUCACAAUACUCUAAAUUCUCAUGUAAUGCAUACAUCUCAUACGCACACACUAAAUUCGUCCCACGGAACUGGAACAAUUGGCAGUGCUAGCACAAAUAGCAGCGCUGGCCAUCAACAACCGGACAUAUUGAAAAGUACACCGGACCAUCAGCGCAUGAAGUAAAUCACUUUCAAUGUCCAAACAUCACACACAUACACAAACCCACACAUCAAUUAGCCAAAUGUCAAAUGGUGAUCAAUAUAUAAAAUAAAAACCAAAUACUCAAACAGAAAAGCAACACAAAGACAACAAACAAACAUAAAACUGAAACACCCAUAGAAACCGAUUGACCGAAUACACACUAUUUUAGUAUUUAUACGAAUGAAACGUGUAGCAGCGAUGAGAGUAUAUAGUAAUCAAUUCGUGAGACACUAUAUAGCAUUUUUAGUGAUAUAUUUGAUGAAUCAUAAACUUAUUGUAUGUAAGACGUAUUUAUACAUUUUAGGGGCAUAUUUACACACAAACAAUAAUAACAACCAUAAGAAAUGUAGGAGAGGCGAUGAAGAACAUUUGGGUUAUCUUCUCGCCACUAUUAUUGUACUAUUACCUUAUAUUAUCUAAAUUAUAAUCGAAUUCAUUUAUUUAUAUAUCGAUGUACUGAUACACAAAAGAUGAAGAUGAAGAAAACACAUACAGUAGACCAUAGAAAUUUAUUAACGAAACCAAAACGACUUUGUAUCCUAAACAGAGAAAAUGAUACGAAAUUAUUUAAAAAAGAAAUGAGAAAGAUGAAGAAAAUUCGAUAUUUAUUAAGCGAUAAAUUUAUAGAUGUGAAGAUUUUGUACAUUUUUGACCGUUUGGUCGACCUAUAGAGAUAUUUAAAUUUGUUGAAACAUACGAUUGAAUUGGUUUGCAAUAGCACAAAAAAGCGAAACAAACAAAAAUACAACCACAACAAUAACUA